CGUGCCUCGGCACAAAAACAUCCCGAGCGACUGCUUCAAAUACAGCGCAUGGUGGGAGCUGGCAGCUGCUUUUGCAAGCGGACACGACACAAUCCGAGCCCAAACUUUCAACCUCUGAGCUCGGUGGCAAACUCAAAACGUGGAGACGCUUCCCACCGUGAACCUCUCGAAGACGGGCACUGUUUGUGCGAAGACUGACAGCAAGGGUUGUGAAUUCUGAGGGAUUUUCAAACGAAAUCUCUUAAAACUCCGUUCCCUGCUCCAACCAAAAAGCGAACAUGUCGACAAAUCAAGUGAAGAGCUGUCCCAUUCCUACCAGGGUUCUCACCCUGAAAGACUGGUCUCAACUUCCCGACUGCUACAGCCAGACUCCCGGGGGGACCCUCUUCUCCACUACGCCCGGUGGUACCCGCAUCAUCUACGACAGGAAGUUUCUCUUGGAUUGCAGGAACUCCCCUCUUGCACGCACACCCCCAUGCUGUCUCCCCCAGAUCCCGGGGGUGACGUGCCCCGCUACUCACCCUGUAAGCAAACUGCAGGAUGUGAAAGAGGAGGUUGAAGAGGAAGAAAAGGACGUUGCAGAUGACAACCAGUUUGAGAUGGACAUCUGAGCUCCAGUUUUUCUUCCUGUGGAGAGUCAUCCAUCAAAACACCUCCAUGGUCAGUACUGACCGAAAAGCGUUGCCUAUAAGCUUUUUUUCCUUUUUUUUUUUUUUUUUUUUGGAACCAAAAACAAUGGAGGCUAGAAAAGCAGGAUGUUUUUGUUGUUGUUGUUGUUUUUCUAUGAACCCGAAUGUGUUUUUGCUUAGACAUGGUACUGGUUGGGUUGCUUGCUCACUUGAGCAGUUGUAGGAUUUGGAAAGAAAAAAAAAAGAUGUAACAUUUUAUAUAUUUUGUAUAUAUUACAGUGUACUAUGCAGCUUGUUUUUUGUUUUUUUUUUUAAGUUGGCAAAUUCAAGAUUACAAGAAUUUACAUUCAAGUCAAGUCAGCCUUUCUCCUGCAGACUUUUUUUUCGUGUGUGUGAGUAAGUUUCCCCUACUAUAUAAGGCACUCUGCAUUUGCCACAAAGUGUCUACUUUCUUUGAGGGGUCAAGGCCUGUUAAAAAUCAGCUAUUUUCACAGAGGGAGGGAUUCAAUGUGAAUAAUUCCAAAUAAAGGCUGCUAAAAAAAUGA